UUCGUCCGAUUCAUACAAAACCAAAACUUAGACCAAAAAAAAAAAACAUUUACCUCUUCUUCUACUUCUUUUUCUUCGACCUCUUAUUCAUCUCCAAGAAAAAAAGCAGGGGAGAGCACCAUGAUAAAUCUUUAUCAGUCUCUGACAAAAUCUUGGUCCUAUGCAACCAUAUGGAUGCUCUUUGUGAUUCCCUCGUAUGUUUUUUCAGUUGAUGAGCAUCCCAAAAAAUGCUAUCCAUCGUUUACAUGCGCCAAUCAGAGAGGACUCACUUAUCCCUUUUGGACACCGGGGAGAAAAGAGUGUGGCCACCCGGAUUUCAAGGUCAACUGCAGCGGAGAUGUCGCAGAGUUUAGUAUAUCCUCCGUUAAGUUCCAAAUCCUUGAGAACAAGGGUUACAGCAUAAUACUUGCCAUAAAGGAUUAUCAAAGCAAUCUUUGUCCCCGACACCCUGAAAAUGUAGAAAUCAACCAGGAUGUUCUUCCAUUUUCUCAGGACCCUAUGCUGUCAAUAUUUUAUUACAACUGCUCUGCUCCAAGGGUAGAUGUUCCUCACGGUUUUCACAUUACAAAGCUGGACUGUGGGAAUGACAAUGGUAGGCGUAGUUACUUUGUCUCGUCCGCUUUACAUUCCUGGGAUAGAGCUAUCUUAGAAAAUUCAAGCGCAUCGUGUGAAAGAAAUGUCAGUAUUCCUGUAUCUCGAUAUGCCUUGAGUAUUGAAGACGGAAGUCCGACUCUGGAGGCUAUAGAGAAGGUUCUUAAGGAUGGUUUCGAGGUUAUGUUUACCAUUGAAUGUUGGGAAUGCAAACAAUCGCAGGGCUCUUGUGGUUAUAAUUAUAGCUCGAGAGCAUUCGUUUGCUAUUGUGUGGACGGGCCUCACAAGCGUACAUGUCCCUACAGACCUACAAAAUCAGUACUCACUACACAAAAUAAACCAGCACUCACUACACAAAAUAAACUAGGAAUCGCUGGUGGGUUCUUGGGUGCCGCUCUUUUAGCAAUAGCUGUACUCUGUUUCAUCUGGAGAAGAAAAAGAUUGGCUGCUCAAAACAUAAGCAAAGGCCUUUCAACAUCUUCAAUUUAUCCAACAAUGGAAAUGGGAACUGGAGUCGCUUGUGGAUUCCUGGGCUUUCGGAAGAGUAAAACUUCACACCAUCCGAGGGACCACAAACUAAAGGCGCUGGUACAACUAAAACAAUACAGUUAUUCAGAAGUAAAGAAAAUAACAAAAUCAUUUUCACAUACGAUUGGCACCGGAGGGUUUGGAACAGUCUAUGGAGGAAACCUCUGCAAUGGUCGUAAGGUUGCAGUGAAGGUUUUAAAGAAUUUUAAGAGCAGUGGCGAAGACUUCAUCAACGAAGUCGCAAGCAUGAGCCAAACAUCUCAUGUUAACAUAGUUUCAUUGCUUGGUUUCUGCUACGAAGGGUGCAAAAGAGCAAUCGUGUAUGAGUUUCUAGAGAAUGGGUCUCUGGAUCAGUUCAUCUCAAAGAAGUCGUCGUUGAAUCUAGAUACGAGUACACUAUAUGGUAUCGCAUUAGGUGUAGCUCGGGGACUUGAGUACUUGCACCAUGGCUGCAAAACAAGGAUUGUGCAUUUUGACAUUAAGCCUCAAAAUAUACUAUUAGAUGACAAUCUAUGUCCUAAAGUCUCAGACUUUGGCCUUGCUAAGCUAUGUGAGAAAAGAGAAAGCAUCUUGUCGUUGCUAGACACUAGAGGAACUAUAGGAUAUAUUGCUCCAGAGGUGUUCUCAAGAAUUUAUGGCAGAGCCUCCUACAAAUCAGAUGUUUAUAGCUAUGGAAUGCUGGUCCUCGAGAUGAUUGGAGCAAGGAACAAAGAAACAGUAGAAACUGCUGCUUCUGACGCUAGUUCGACUUACUUUCCAGAUUGGAUAUAUAAGGAUCUUGUAGAGGGAGAGCAUACAUGGGUAACUGGCGAUGCCACUAAAGAGGAAAAGGAGGUUGCAAAGAAGAUGAUCUUGGUGGGUCUUUGGUGUAUUCAGCCAUGUCCAUCGAACCGUCCACCGAUGAAUAGAGUUGUUGAGAUGAUGGAAGGAAGAUUGGAUGCUAUUGAAGUCCCUCCUAAGCACUCUUUACAGUUGUCUGCUGCGCCUCUUGCCGAAUCGUCUUGGCUUUCCGAAGAGAAUUCAGACUACUCUGAGGUAUUGCUAUGAUCCAUAAGCUCAAAA